AUGCAAUCCGUCCUCCAUCCAAUACUCGGCCCCAGGAAGGAAAUCCACGACCUAACCGGUCGCGUCGCGCUGGUUACCGGUGGUGCACUGGGCAUAGGAUAUGAGAUAUCCCGUGCCUUCGCCUUGAAUGGGGCGCGCGUGAUAAUGGUAAACCGCAAAGAAGAACAGGGCGCGGCCGCGAUCGACCGGAUUAAAGAGGAAUCCGACCAAAAGGCACAGAUCGAGUGGGUGGAAUGCGACCUCGGGAACCUCAAUCAGGUGAAGGAUGUUUUUACCGGGAUUUGUAGGAGUGCAGAGAGAUUAGAUCUUCUCAUCCUCUCCGCCGGCAUAAACGCAAACCAAUACGGCGAGACUGUCGACGGAUACGAGCGUAUCUUCCAGGUAAACUGGCUCAGCCAGUUCUACGUCGUGAACCUCCUCUACCCCCUUCUCCGCAAGACAUCCCAGAUGGCAGAUACACCAGCACCACGAAUCGUCUUCGAAGGGUCCGAGGUGCAUCGGGUCACGACACCAAGUACGCAAUUCGCAUCAAGGGAGGAAAUAAAUGAUCCCAGUAAAGACCCGACGCAGUUGUAUGCGCGCACAAAAUUGGCAAUCAUACUUGGCGUCAAGUAUGGGCUUUUGGACCGGGUAAUUCGGCCGAAUGAGGAUCGGGUCUUUGCGCUGGUUGUGCAUCCUGGGGCUGUCAAUACGGAUAUGCAGGAGCAAUGGAAAGAAGCGUAUCCCGGUCUUUUAGGUAAACUGCUAACGACCGCGAUGACGGCCAUCAGUCGCAGUCCGGAACAAGGGUCCUUCAGUGCGUUGUAUGCGGCUACAAGUCCUGAGAUCGAGGAAAAGGGCUGGAAUGGGUACUACUUCACGGACCCAGGGCAGCCGGGCAAGGAGUCGGCCCAAGCAUCGGAUUUGGGGUUGGCUUCAGCGCUAUGGGAUUUGAGUCAUAAGAUGAUUAGAGACAAGGUUGGGGAGAGGGGAAUGGUGGAUUGGGAUGUAAAGGUAUAA